GGCUUCAAACACACUGCAUUCACAAGUGAUGGCUGCAUCCAGCUUGUAUUGCUUCACCUUGCCCCAAGAAGACCCAGGACAGGCAUCAGCCAUGCGGAUCCUCUACCUGCUCUUCCCCUUCUUCCUCCUGUUGGUCCACGGUGCUGCAGGAUCCUCCUUGGGACCAAAAAAUGAGAAGCAAUGUAAGCGAGAAAAGGGAUUCUGCUCACUUCUAAAUUGCUCUUUCCCCUAUGGCAUUGCGGGAAAAUGUUCCAGAUUUUACUUUUGCUGCAAAAAAAUCUGGGGUUAAAACCCUGAAAUUCCUGAGAAGAACAUCCCAUUCACUGCUGGCUUCCUGAUGUCCCCUCGUGUCCCUGCCUGUGCCGUGCCCAGCUGGGGUGACAGCAGCAGUGGCAGCUGCUCCUGCUGGCUGCUGCUGGGCUGGAGCCCUGUGGUGCCAGCCCCACUGUCUUUGAGGCAGGGGCUGCUUUUCCCAGCUUGAAUAAAGACGAGCACUUUGGCAUUGCA